UGCAAUUAUUAGUGUUAAAUUAUAGUAACGGAACGUAAUCGGAAAUCAGAAAUAACUUGUCGCAAAUCCACCAUUUUCCCUUUGUAACUAACCGGUGUUCAAAACACGUAUUACGUGUUAAAACAGCAAAAUGAACACCGAAAAACUGAAAAAACUGCAGUCCCAAGUUCGUAUCGGCGGCAAGGGUACACCGAGGCGUAAGAAGAAGGUUGUACAUGCGACCGCAGCCACAGAUGACAAGAAAUUGCAGUCAUCACUAAAGAAACUAUCAGUUAACACUAUCCCCGGCAUCGAAGAAGUGAAUAUGAUAAAAGAUGACGGCACAGUUAUUCAUUUUAACAAUCCAAAAGCACAGGCCUCAUUGGCGGCCAACACUUUCGCUAUUACUGGCCAUGGUGAAAACAAGCAAAUCGCAGAAAUGCUUCCGGGUAUCCUCAGCCAACUGGGGCCGGAAGGUUUGAGUCAAUUGAAGAGGCUGGCGUCGAGUGUAACGGCGCCAAAGCCAUUGGACGAGGAUGACGAAGUACCUAACCUGGUCGGCAACUUUGACGAAGCUUCCAAACAGGAGGCCAAAGAGGUUAUAACCGAGGAGAAGGAGGAAAUAAUAGAACCGGAGAAAGAGAAGGUUCCAGAAACUCCCGAAACAGAAACCAAAGCGGCCGAGAAGAAAUCCGAUUAAAUAGUCCCUCUUCAAAACUAUAGUUUUUAAUUUUGCUCACCCAAGUGACAAGGGUUUCCAAAGUUGAGCGUUUGUCAGCGAAAUAGUUUAUUCAGAAUUGAAAUUAAGCAUCUCAUUUAUAUAUAAUGUGGUGUUGGAAAGUGUGCACCUUUUUUUUGUUAAUUAACUUUGGGAAUCCAGUCUCCCGCUGGGUCCCAGUCACUCCUGCGCCUUCACUAACAUACAUGUGACACUUGCAUGAGAAUAUUCUCAUAAUUUGGUAUUUAGUUAAGUGUUUUAAUACAUAUUGUUGACAUAAAGGCAGUAUAUGAGCAUUUAAAAACAUUACAUGCAUUAUUUUUACAAUAUAUGAAGGAAUAUAUUUAUAGUAAAAUAGGUGUUUGAUACGCCAUGUAAUAUUUUUAAUAUUGGAUUUUCUAAAGUUGUUAAUUCAUGAAUUUGAAGAAUUGCUUUCUCAUAAAGUUUAACAUUAGGUGAAAUUAGUCACAAGCUCUGCAGAGUAAAACAAUGUAGCAAAACAUUGUUUUGAUUUAAAUAUAAUUAAAAAUGUAAGAUUGGAGUUUACAUACAUAAACUUUAGUCGUUAA